AUGGCACAAGGCAAGCCCUCCGCCAUGCACUACGAGAUAGACCUCCACCAAAUGCCUAUCGUCGAUAACCUCCCCACCUCGCUGGAAGAAGACAACCAAGAAUGCAUCAUCUGCUUCGAAGACCUCGAUUCCAUCAAAUCGUACCGCCAAUUACCCUGCCAGCACUUCUUCCAUCAACCAUGCAUCGACGACUGGCUGAAGCGGCCGAACCCAAGCUGUCCAAUCUGCCGACGCACGUUCGAGCACCUGCGUCGACCCUGCAAGACCUCCACAAGCCAUGUUCCCGUCGUCGUCAAUAGUAGCUGGGCCACCGUCAGUCCUCUACCGCGAUACCUGCUGGUCGUAGGACCCAGCCCCGGAGCACCCGAACUCACUGUCCCGGCCAUCAGUACGGAGCCACGCGAGCCCCCGCGACAGUCGGUCCGGGCGUGGUGCAAGAGAAAGUUAAAGGUUGGACGUGUUGCUUGA